AUGGGUAUCUUGAAUGUUUCGGACGGACCCACAUGGUCUUCUGAUCUGGACCUGCCAGAGGACAUACCCAGAGACACACCCGAGGCAGAGUUCAGCGUGACUUUCCUAGCUCUUAUGAUCCUCUCUGGACUUACAGUCACGACCAAUAGCCUCAUUCUGGCUACCUUCUACGUUGAGAAGAAACUGCGGACAUACAACAACUGCUACAUCUUCAACAUGAGCGUUGCGGAUUUGGUUGUGGGUCUUCUCUGCAUGCCGAUUCUGUCUAUGAUCCAUCUCUUCGGAAGUUGGCCUUUUGGGAAGGUAGCAAGCAUUUUGUUCAUGGGGUUCCAAAACUCUAUCCUGGGCGUGUCUGUGUGUGGUGUUGUCGUGGUAUGCAUCGAUCGUUAUCUGGCAACGUUCUAUCCCAUACAGCACUACCAAGGAAGGAGUAUCCACAAAGCGACUGUCGUCAACAUCCUCACCUGGGUUUCAUCUUUCGGUGUUUGGAUGAUGGUCACUUCUGCUUGGGACUUCAUCAAACCAACCAACCUUGUCAUCUCUUCAGGCCUCUCCAGACCGAACUACAGUCUCACUAACACCGCAAGUCUACUUGUAUUCUUACUGAGAUUCGGCUUACCGUUUCUCCUUAUGACUGGUCUGUACAUCCGAAUAUACAUCAAGGUCAAGAACAUCGGCAGUAAGCAUCUCUCGAAGUACUUUAAUAGGGAGGGGAAAAAUGGGAAAGGGCAGGCAAAAUCCGCAUCCCAGGAUAAGGAAAAGCGCUCUCUCGGGACACGCCUACGAGAUAAACUUGGGUCGAAAACCUCGUUAACGUACGAUGAAAAUACAACUGUUUCAAGUAUAUCUAUGGAUAUGACCAGCGAUGAAGGAACGACCAAAAAUCUAGGAAGCCCAGAGACGGAUAAUGAGCACUCUCUAAAUGGGGAAAAAAAGUCGACUAAUAAUUAUCCAAAACCAAUAGGUCUGUCUGGAGACGAUGAAGAUAUUUCGACGUCAAAGAGCAACGUUGUUUCGAAGAAACCCAAGAGGGAGUCCAGAGUCGAAGGACGUAAGGCAAUGCGGACCAUGACCAUGAUUGUCCUGGUGUUCAUUCUGACAUGGUUACCAACCGCCGUCUCGGUCACCAUGUACGCCUUGGCUCCUGGUUUCUACCGUACUCUCAACAAAUCCAUCAACCUAUCUGAGAUAACGCGCUGGAUUGCUUUCAGCAACAGCUUGGUUAACCCUUUGGCUUACGCCAUGGCACAGCCACUCUUUAGAUUGACGAUCACCAGGAUGCUAUGUCGCCCAAGACGUAAACCAUAA